AUGGCCCACGGCCCACAAAACGGGCUGUCGAGAACCCACGCCAUCGCGGCGGAAACCGCGAGGUCCCCACGUGUUUGUGGGGGUUGCACUCUCGUUGGCACAGGCGCGGCACGGACUGCUCGGACCAGAGAUGAUUUAAUCAAUGGUGACCCCGCGAGCUGCCCUCGAGUCAUCCUCGUCUAUGCCCGCGGAUCUACCGAGGAUGGCAAUCUGGGAUCUCUCGGACCCCUCCUAGCCACACGGCUCGAGGCCCAAUUCCAAGAUCAAGGGGGCGUCUGGAUCCAGGGUGUCGGGUCACCUUAUGCUGCGACAUUACUCGACAAUGCCCUCCCACGAGGAACCUCGGACGCCGCGAUCAGAGAGAUGACGCGCAUGUUCAAGCUGGCUGACAGCAAGUGUCCCAACGCGAAGAUCAUAUCAGGAGGAUACAGCCAGGGCGCCGCUCUCACGGCAGCCUCCAUCUCUGUCGGCCUCGACUCCACGCCCCGGGUACGCAACAAGAUCGUUGGCGUCGUGCUGUUCGGGUACACCAAGAACAAGCAGAACCGGGGCGCGAUCCCCCGGUACCCGGCCGAGGGGACCAGGAUCUUUUGCGCACCGGGCGAUCUCGUGUGCGAGGGCACGCUGAUUGUCACGGAGGCGCAUCACGGGUAUGCGCCGUACGCGCAAGGCGAGGGCGCGGAUUUCUUGAUAUCAAAGGUCAACUAG